CAGCCUUUGCUUGGCGCCUUGUCCACCUCGCAUUGGCGCGCAACACUGGUCAACGAUAAUGGUGAAUCUUGUUACGGCUUCAAAAUUCACAUCUUUCACAUGGACAUUUUCUUUGUCUACCUUUUGUUACAGAGAGAAAUAGACAGUUUCAGAUUUCGUCCCCAAAUAAAACGGGGCGUUGUGUGUGUGAGAGAGGUAGAGCCGUCGAGCUGUUUCUUGGGUUUCUGAGAGAUUAAGGAAAAAAUGGAGUCUUUGCUUGUUUGCUCUUUUCAGAAGCCUCCAUCUUCACUUCAAUUUCCUGCCACUGCUGAACCAUAUUCACUCUUCACUGGUUCUCGUGUAGAAGCGCAAUAUUGUAAGUGCAAAGCGUUGAACAACCCAGAAAAUAGCUAUGCCAUACCGAUGAGACUACAGUUGCACAGGCAGCUUGCAAUGCAGCAGUUUGUUAGAAAUAAUAGUGAAAGAAUAGUUGCAUUAAGUCCAAGAUGCAGAUCAAAGUAUCUAGUGAGUGCAACUUCUGAACACAAUCUUGAAUCCGAACCUUCCAAGAGCCGUGGGAGAUCAAUUCAACAUGCAUUAGAUGCUUUCUACAGGUUUUCACGGCCCCACACAGUAAUAGGAACAGCAUUGAGCAUAAUUUCAGUUUCUCUCCUUGCAGUAGAAAAUCUCUCCGAUAUUUCUCCAUUAUUUGUCACUGGGGUGAUAGAGGCCAUUGCUGCGGCCCUUUUGAUGAACAUAUACAUAGUCGGUUUGAAUCAGCUGUCUGACAUUGAAAUAGAUAAGGUAAACAAGCCAUAUCUUCCAUUGGCAUCGGGAGAAUAUUCAGUCACGACUGGAGUGAUGAUUAUCUCAUCUUUUGCCAUGUUGAGUUUUUCACUUGGAUGGAUUGUUGGUUCGUGGCCAUUGUUCUGGGCUCUUUUCAUCAGUUUUGUACUUGGAACUGCAUAUUCCAUCAAUCUACCACUUUUGAGAUGGAAGAGAUUUGCAUUUGUCGCAGCAAUGUGCAUCUUGGCUGUACGAGCGGUGAUUGUUCAAAUAGCCUUUUUUCUGCACAUCCAGAUGCAUGUUUAUGGAAGACCAGCUGUCCUUUCAAAGUCUGUGAUUUUUGCAACUGCCUUCAUGAGCUUCUUUUCAGUCGUCAUAGCCUUAUUUAAGGACAUACCUGAUAUUGUUGGGGACAAGAUAUAUGGUAUUAGAUCUUUUACCGUCCGAUUGGGCCAGCAGAGGGUCUUUUGGAUUUGUAUUUCGCUUCUUGAGAUGGCUUAUCUUGUUGCUUUGUUAGUGGGAGUAACAUCAACCAGCAUCUGGAGCAAAUGGAUAACAGUUAUUGGUCAUAUUGCUUUGGCUUCAUUACUUUGGAAUCGCGCCAAUUCAGUUGAUUUGAAGAGCAAGACUGCAAUAACAUCCUUUUACAUGUUCAUAUGGAAGCUCUUUUACGCAGAGUACCUGCUCAUACCUCUUGUGAGGUAAAUGUAUAGCACUCGUAAAAAGUGGCCUACUGUUUGUCUCUUUGGCAGGGAUUGACUUGUUUCGAUCAGACGAUGCAUUACAAUCUCCAAACCCUUUUUUUUAUUUUUUAUCUUUGCUAACUUGGAACUUAGAACAGAACGCUUGACAUCAUCAUCUCAUCUGAUUCUUGGCAAGUCUAUGAUGUACAAGGAGCACGUAGCUCUGUUUUCUAUUUGAAGCAUUUGUGAUUGUACACAAUAUCUUAAUGAACAAGAUCAUGAAUUUGAGCUCGUAUGGACACCUUCAGAUAAAUGGAUAUGGGUAUCAAAUAGGACCGAGUCGUUCCAU